UCACUCGCGAACCAAACUCGGUUUACCUGCAACUGUAAGUUUCGUCUCUCUCCGGGGAGAAAGAGGCACAGAGAGAUAGAGAGAGAGGGAUGGAUCAUUUUCUAUGGCGGAUAUUACCUCUGCUGGCACUUCUGGCUUCCUUUCUCUACUUCUACUACGUCCAUGAUUCUUCCAAGUUUUCUACCAGUGAUUGCAGCCUUCUUCCAUACAACCAUUACUGGAUAACCAGCAAGGGCAUUGUGACACCUCGUGGAGUCAUUUCUGGUGCAGUUGAGGUGAAGGAAGGGAUUAUUGUAUCCAUAGUUAAGGAAGAAGAUUGGCAGGGAAAUUCCAAGAGAGGACAGAUAAUUGAUUAUGAUGAAGCCGUCAUUAUGCCUGGCCUCAUCGACGUGCAUGCGCAUCUUGAUGAUCCUGGAAGAGCUGAAUGGGAAGGAUUUCCUUCAGGAACUAAAGCAGCAGCUGCGGGGGGCAUUACAAUGUUGAUUGACAUGCCUCUGAACAGCUUCCCCUCAACUGUUUCUGUGGAAACUUUGAGACUUAAGCUUGAGGCUGCAGAAAAGAGUAUUUAUGUUGAUGUUGGUUUCUGGGGAGGCCUAGUUCCUGAAAAUGCUUUCAAUGCAAGUUCUCUGGACGCUCUCCUAAGUGCAGGUGUUCUUGGUUUAAAGUCUUUUAUGUGUCCUUCAGGGAUCAAUGACUUUCCCAUGACCAAUGCCAGUCAUAUCAAGGAGGGCUUAUCUGUACUGGCAAAAUACAGAAGACCUUUACUUGUACAUGCAGAGAUUCAACUAGAUUCUGCGAAUUACUUAGAAGAUGAUGCAAAUGACCCUCGACAUUAUUCAACAUACCUUAAGACAAGGCCACCAGCUUGGGAGGAGGCAGCUAUUAGAGAGCUUUUGACACUAUCAAAGGACACAAGAAUUGGUGGUCCUGCAGAAGGAGCUCAUCUUCAUGUUGUUCAUCUCUCUGAUUCAGGUUCUUCCCUACAACUUCUAAAGGAAGCAAAAAGAAGUGGUGACAGUGUGACUGUUGAGACAUGUCCUCAUUACCUAGCCUUUUCAGCAGAGGAGAUUCAGGAUGGAGAUACUCGUUUUAAAUGUGCUCCACCCAUCCGUGAUGCAGCCAAUAAAGAAGCAUUAUGGAAAGCUUUACUGGAAGGAGAUAUUGAUAUGCUAAGUUCUGAUCAUUCACCAACGGUGCCAGAACUUAAACUCCUUAAUGAAGGCAACUUUUUGAAGGCUUGGGGCGGUAUAUCAUCUUUGCAGUUUGUGUUUCCCGUGACAUGGUCAUAUGGGCGAAAUUAUGGAGUAACUUUGGAGCAGUUAGCAUUGUGGUGGAGUGAAAGACCUGCUAAGCUCAUUGGACAAGAUUCAAAGGGGAGCAUUGAAGUUGGAAAGCAUGCAGAUAUUUUUGUAUGGGAACCAAACACAGAUUUUGAGCUUAAUGAUGAUCUUCCUAUAUACCUUAAACAUCCGAGAAUCUCAGCCUACAUGGGAACCAAACUUUCAGGAAAAGUUUUGGCAACUUUUGUUAGAGGAAAUCUUGUCUACAAAGAGGGAAAGCACGCUUCUGCUGCUUGUGGUUCUCUUAUCCUGGCAAAAUAAAGGGAUGAACUGGAUAUGUUUUUCAGUGUAGGUAUCCCACUGGUUGUUGGCUGCAAUUUACCCAGCUGACGCAUCUUUUGUCUCCAGUGCUUGGGGUUGAUAGUUAAGUAUCUGCAACUAACUGUGAAAUAUAUGAAUGAUCCACUGCCAAAAUGAAAUUAUAAGCGACAAGUUAAAAUGAAACCAUUUGGUGAAGUUAUUAUUUUCGAUAUCUGUAUUUAAGAGAUAUGGAAGCUUCAAAAAGAAAAAUAUUAGAAACUAAACAAGUGAAUUUGGGGAAA